CUUUCUUACAACCACUAUUGGAAGAGUAUCUUCACAGCGACAUGUUGGAGAAAACCAGUCAGCUCGUUUGGGGUAUUUUAGCAUUGAUUGCGACCUGUACCGAUUCUGCAGAAGGAUGCACGUGCUAUGAUAAUCACCCACAGCAGAAAUUCUGUGAAAGUGACUUCGUGAUAAAGGGAGCGAUUCGCAACGUAAAACAGUUUGGACAAAAUGAUCGAUCUGGACGAAUGCCACGAGUAUAUGUCCAUAAAGUUAGAAUUCAUCAAAUAUUCAAGAGUACUUAUGAAUUACCGUAUGAAAACAUUCGAAUAGUAACCCCUCAAGCAGGAUCUGAAUGUGGCUUCUUUCUCGAUGCAUCCAAGACGGAGUUUGUGUUUAUGGGUAAUUUCAAUGACAAUGGCGAGGCUGUAAUGAAUCGAUGCAGUUUCUACUAUGAGUGGGAUAAACUUACUUUACAAGUUCGGAGAUAUAUAGAACGUGGAACAUAUGCAAACCAAUGCAACUGUUGCCAGAUCUGUCUCAUAGGUGAUGGUGAUUGUAAGAAGCAGUCUACCUGCCAAUACAUAGAACCUGGUAUUACCCGUCUCCAUACGUGUCAACAAUGGUAUUCCUACUGUGGCCAGGUGUGUAACGUGGAGUCCAAUAAAACGGCCACAGACGAAGUCAUGAUCCAUCAUACAUGCUCAUGCCAGUGGCAUGUCACGGAUAGCUACUCAAGAUGUAUGGAGGAGAACCUUCCAACUGACUCUGCGAUAUGUCUAUCUAAUCUCGACCCAGAGAUUUUUAACAAUGUUAAACCUAAAAGAAACAGAGGAAAGGGUCAAACAAGUGACGAUGGGCAAAAUGUAAAAUAAAUCGAGUAGAGUGUACUUGUAAAACCUCACGUUGGCUUUACUACAAUGUAACAAAUAUAACAAAAUGGAUGCAUUUCCGUCGGGAAAUUUUUAUUAUUGUCACCAAGAAGGUCGAUUUGUGUCCAAACAUUUUACCAAUAUGUUAUUGGUAUUAUCCGGUUACUGACAAGCGAAUCAGUCGCGAUUAUAUAAAUCCGAGGGCUCCAAUAAUCGAGUGAGAAACCCUCGUUUGGC